ACUUACUUUUCAUAGCACCAAGCUGCUUCUUCCCCUUCCUUGCCUUUACUCUUCGUGCUUCACCCUCACAGAGGAAGCCAAAAAUCGGCUUCAGGGGAGACGGAGAAUUGCAGGUGCCUCAGGGGACAUCGAUGGGCCUCCAGAACACCAAACAGCGCAAAGUCAAGCAAGCCAAUAUAGUUAUGUUGGGACUUGAUUCUGCAGGGAAAUCAACACUGCUGUACAAGUUCAGGUACAGUGAUCCUUUCCUAACGAGUCCAACCAUUGGCUUCAAUGUGGAUAUGAUUGAAACCCAGAAGGAUUUUACCCUGACCUUUUGGGAUGUUGGAGGACAGCAGAAAAUGAGGCAGUCGUGGUGCAGCUUCCUGGAGAACACCGAUGGACUGCUGUACGUGGUGGACAGCUCUGAUAAGCACCGCCUGGAAGAAUCAAAGAAAGAGUUUGAAGUCAUUUUAAAGGCUGAAUCACUAAAAAGCAUCCCUGUGGUCGUGCUGGCGAACAAGCAGGAUCUGCCAGGAGCUUUGAAUGCCGAGGAAAUAACGAGGAGGUUCAACAUGAAGAAGUACUGCAGUGACAGGAACUGGUAUGUGCAACCGUGUUGUGCUAUCACAGGAGAAGGCUUGUCAGAAGCUCUCCGAAUCCUAACUACUUUCACCAAGCAGUGCAGCAGAUCAAAGGGGACUUCUACCAUCUUUAAGGAGAUUGAGACACUUUAGGAGUUCCUGUCGUUGUGCUCCAGUGAACGUUACUCAGCUCAUUUUGUUGGACAGACUACAGCUGAAAGGGUUGGGUUCUGGAGAACCCUUCUCCAUAUUUAUAAAGAGCUGCCACGCUAUGAAGCUGUACCUGCAGGUGCUUGUGAGCUACUGCUCUGCAGCGUUCCAUUAGUGAUAGCAUGCUGGGGGAUAUUCAGCUCAGCAGCGUGGCUGCCAAACCAUGGGGAAAAAGUGGAGCUGAGCUGCUGAGUUUUGGCAGGUGGAAACGAAAUAGGUGAGAGGUGCUUAAAAUACUUACAUCAAGUCAUCUGGGUGAGAUGUAAAAGAGAUGAGUUGCUUGUGCAGCAAGCAAAGAGGAGAGAGAAACUUUGUUUGUAAUAAAUGCCCCCUGGGUGUAUUUAUUGUGAAA